AUGAUUAAAACGGGCCGGCUUUUGCCGAGCCUACUGUUUCUCUGGCUCCGUCCGCCCGAAAUACAAGCAUUUGAUGGGCAGCCAUUAACGAGUUGGGCUGAAUGGAGCGAAUGGUCCCAGUGUGACAGAUCAUGCGGAAGUGGGUUAAGAUCGCGAGUACGUCAGUGCUUGAACGGCUUCCCCGGAGAAGACGGCUGCCAAGGUGCGAAUUCCGAGAAUGGACACUGCAUGUUAGCCGAAUCUUGCAAAACUUGCGCCUUCUCGAGUUGGAGUUUCGGAGAAGAAGGAGCGCCCAAAACGCAACUGCUAAAGAGCACGAUUUCUUCAGAAAAACAAGAAGUUGUCGGAGACUUUUCCUUUUGCGCCCGAAUCAGUCCAACAGCGGAUGAACUCUUUGGAAGCCUUGGUGUGUAUUCUAAUCCCGGAACCAAGGAGCAUGUUGUGAUCGUAUCUGUCCGCCCAGAGCGCAACACAGGCGGGUCAAAGUUCGAGGUACUCUUGGACGGCGACAUGAACGUCUACAUUUCGGAACAGGCGGCGGAAACUGGAUGGAUCUGCCUCAUCAGAAAUGGCGCCAAAGCAACUUUGCGGUACAAUGAAGAGGCGCUGGACGUCAUUACGAAUCCAUCUUCUGGAUCGAGUAUCAAGACCGGCGGGGAACUAGUUUCUGGUCAAGGCUUCCAAGGAACACUCGAGGACGUCUUCAUGGUCAACUUCGCCGUAGAUUAUGAGUCGCUCGAGGAAUCAGAGCGCUGCUUUGAAGAGGGUCAACUCUUCGCUGCGCUGCGAAUGGAGGACCUAGUCACGAGUUUGGGAGAUGUCAAUUUCAACGAACAAUGGGCUCAAUGGGCCGACUGGGGCGAAUGCUCAAAAACCUGUGAUGGUGGCGAGCGUUUCCGUAUCCGCAAAUGCAUCGGAAGAGAUCCAGGAGAAGGUGGAUGCUCAGAAGGCCGAUUUUGGGAACAAGAGCCUUGUCAAACUCAACAGUGCCCUGCCGGCUGGCGUGAAUGGAGCGAGUGGUCGAAAUGCUCAAGCAGCUGUGGAGAAGGCGUGAAAACUCGCGUGCGAGAAUGCAAAGAUGAGCUUUCUAUCUCCAACUACGUUCUUUUGAAGAAACAGUUGCCAAACAUGGCUGAAGCAACCUUCUGCUACUGGCUGAAGAGCGGCCAUGAUGGUGUUAAUGGGACAAUCUUCUCAUACGCCCACGGGGAGCAAUUCACCGGCAAUUCGUUUGCGGUCAUGGGCUCGACAACACCCGAACUGGGUCUGAAAUUCUUUGCGUUCAGAAAAGACGAGCGACUGAUCAUAGACAACGAUUUCACCACCGCAGGGGAACCUCAACUUCAAUGCUUUGUGCUCCACCGUAAUUCAGCAAGGGUCGGAAUGAUGGAUUUUUACGUUGAUGGAAAAUUCAAGAACUCGACGGUUCUUCAAACUGGAGAUUUGUACAUGAUCGAAGAAGGGGGAGAACUUGUAGUGGGACAGGAUCAGGACUGUAUGCUUGGCUGUUAUCAGGCCGAACAAGCAAUGACCGGGAAUGUUCUUGACUUCUCGAUCUGGGACGCGGCGUUGAGCGAAACGGAAAUGGCGGCAAUGUCGGAAGCUGGUUUCCCAUCGAUCGCGCGACAGCCGUUCGUCACUUUGAAUAAAGAGAACUCGGAGCGAUACGGGCGCAUUUCCUACGUCGCACAAUGGGCCGAGUGGAACGACUGGACAAAGUGCUCCGUCACGUGUCAAUCCGGCUUGCGGACAAGGUCACGUGUGUGCUAUGGUGGCAGAGCAGGCGACUACGGCUGCGACGGGGAUGAAUUGGAAACAAAGGGAUGCUACCAGGGGAUCUGCGAGGCAAUCGUGGAGGAAUGCUCCCAAUCGACGUGGAAUCUUUCGCCUGGCGGGAGUGCUUCUUUCAAGGCAUUCUUCAACUCGGACAGUUAUACCUUCUGCGCUGCUAUCUCAAUGGAUACGUCACCGACUGAUAACGUACUCAUCAGUGCGAUUUCAAGCGACGACAAACUCAUUAUCGCCGAAAUAGAUGAACAAUCUGUCGCAGAGUUCUUUUCGCAUGAAGUGGAUACAGUGACAGCUUGUGUGACAUCUUCACAAGAGCACAAUACUGUCGAGGUGUAUAUAGACGGCGAGCUGCUAUCCGAGAGCUCAUUUCGCGGGGGCAUCAGCCGCAACGACGUGUUCACUUUUGGCUCGUCGAGUUUUGGCGGUCAGAUUAAGAACUUUGCUGUAUGGGAUCGAUUCUUUACGCCAGCUGAGAUUGAGGCGAUCUUCGCGUCUAGUUGCCAUGCAGGUGCGAUCCUAUCCGCACGGCCCGAUGCGCAGCCCAAGUUGAAGGGACAAAUCCGAUUUCAAGAGGGUUGGUCCUCGUGGUCGCCGUGGUCGAGCUGUUCCGUUUCAUGCGCUGGCAGUGGCUUGCAAUCGCGCAAACGCGUGUGUUAUGCAGUAGACGUCGAAUCUGGCCACUGUUUCGGACCUGACGUAGAUACGAAACCCUGUGGACCGUUAAUCUGCCCGACAUGGUCGAACUGGUCGAGCUGGUCGAGCUGUAGCAAAUCUUGCGGCGAAGGAUACAUUCAUCGAAGUCGAGAGUGCUUCCACGGCACUGCUGGAAACCCAGGCUGCGAAGGAAAUUCCUCCGAACUCGAACCCUGCGAAGUUGACAUCUGUCCAGACCCCUACAAUUUUCCCUGGGAGUGUGGGACGGUUACUGCCAAACGAGGAGCUCCUGCUUAUCAACGUGUUGUCAACGGGCACACAGAGCAAUAUGGAGCUGUUCCCUAUCUUUGUCAGCUGACGUCUUACGGAGAUCACAAUUGCGGAACAUCGGUUAUCUCUCCUAAUUGGAAUAUAGGUGCUGCACAUUGCGUCGCCGAUUAUGACUCUCCCGCUCAAUUCCGAAUAAUCUGCGGCUCCCAGUAUCGAAGCCAAAUUGACACGUACGAGCAGCAGCGUCAAGUCGAGCGUUACAUCAAGCACCCAGGAUAUGACUCGAACUCGGACUUGGUCGACUACGACAUGAUGCUGUUCAAAGUGGAUCAUGCUUGGGAGUUUACAGACUACGUCAAGCCUGCGUGUUUGCCCAAGCGCAACGAUUAUCCCUCUUCGGGUCAACUUUGUAAAGUGUCUGGAUGGGGCUCAACGCAAGCCAAGGACGCAACGCAGUUCUUUUUCGCGCAACUCGAACUCGCCGAAGCUGUACAGUCAGCAUAUGUGCCCAUUACGGAAAUGGGAGUAUGCGCAGCUGGAUAUAAGUCGAUUACGCGGCGGCAAUUCUGCGCUGGCUUUGUAGAAGGUGGCAGAGACGCUUGCCAGGGAGACUCUGGAGGACCUCUAGCAUGUCCUAUUGGUAACCGCGGAGUCUAUCAACUUACGGGCAUUGUUUCGUAUGGAAUUGGGUGUGGUUCCGCCUCAUUUCCUGGCGUCUACACCCGAGUCGAGUCCCUCAUUGACUGGAUUCUUGAUCAUAUUCUCGAUGAAAGCACGCAAGGAGCAGCAACUUGUCAGAAGGACAAAAUCGUCGACCUCGAAACUGGAGGUCUCAAUUCUCCCAAUUUCGAUGGAAGAUCUGUCUACGACUUUAACCAAGAAUGCUCGUGGAUUAUUAGCGUUCCAAAUGUCAAGUCCUCGCAAAAACUCGUCCUUGACUUUACCCACUUCCACUUGGAUGCUGAUUCAAACUGCGACAACGAUUACGUGGCGAUCUACGGCGGUGAUCAGUUGACUGAACCGAUCGGACGGUACUGCGGACGACAGGCGCCUCCAGCGAUCAUUUUUUCUUCCCGCGAAAAACUAAAAAUCGUCUUCAAAACUGACGCCGAAUCAAGUGCAGAAAAACCAACCGGCUUUGCGGCGAAAUUCCACAGGGCGCCGAAGAAAUUGGACGAGUCCGGCUGCGGCUCCGCGAAAACGCAAAUGGGAAUCCCAGAAUUGGAGAAGUUUUUGAUCGCCAACAAUAAGUUCAAAAUGUGCGAGUUUUCCAUCAAACCGAGAAUUGAUAAGGGAGUUACUUCCUAUCCGGUCAUUAGAUUAGGGCCUGAUACAGAUCCAAGUUGCUGCGAAGCUGUCAAGAUUUCUAAUCAUCCGAAAAAGUUCGACGAGCGCGCUUUGGUAGACAGUUCAUCCCUCUGCCGCGGCGAGCCGGCUGUUGGUUUAGACGGCGAGAUUAAAAUGCGCGUGUACAAUGGUCAACGUGAUCGGCGCGGACGGAAGUGCAACCUUCAAGUCGGAUUUUACUCCGUCACGGAUCCGCAAGUUCCUUAUCUAAAUUAUGAGCCCGCUACUGAUUCUGGUCAGCUCGCGCCGAGACAAGAAGAAGAUAACCUAUCGCAAUACACAUGCUACAUGGACUCGAUUACGCUGCCUAGGUGGCUUGGAAAAUCCUUUCCAUUGGACAAGAACGAACGGUUAUCAUCUUGUAUUAUUGAAAUCCGGCCAAAAUCUGCUGCAGUCAGGAACGCUGCUUCUAAUCGACCCCCGAAGAGCAAAAAUCCCAAGAAGGGUCGUGGCAUGCUCCAGGACGUCUUCAUGAUUUCCGGCCAGUUCGGGGAGGAACCCGAAGAGUAUGAUCACUCCGACCCGGAAGAGGAAGAAGAGGUGGAUUUGGAGAGCAUGAGCAAAAAAGAACGAGCUCGUUAUGAAGAGCAGCAGCGAAAUCGGCAAGCUCGUUUGAGCAGGCGAAUUGCUGAACGUGAAAAAAUCAAAAUGCAGCGCAAAGCUGAGAAUCUCAUCAGAAGGGAGGAAGAAAAAGAAGCGCGCAUCGAGGAGCGAUUGGAAAUGCAAGCACAAGAACGAUUAAACCGCUUCCACCAGCGGCGGCCUCCCCUGCUUAAUCGCGUCCGUCGAGGAGUGAAAAACAAAAAGUCUAAGAAAAACAGCAAAAAACAAAACGCCACAAGUAUGCAUAGGAUGCUUUCUAACCCGCAUAGUCGUACGAAGCAGAACAACUUCCGCUUAUGCACCGCCACGUUGCUUACACCAACAACGCUUAUUACAACAGCUGGAUGUACUGGCUCCGACGCCAACAACCGUCUCUUUGCCAAAAUCGGCAUGAGCAAUUUCGACCCUCGUGCUCCUACUGAUCACGUGCAAACAAUUAUGAUCCGUCGUUGCAUUGCUCAUCCGAAAUACAUCCGUGGAGAACCAAACAACGACUUGCAGAUUUGCUUCCUUGCCGAGAGCGUCAAGCCGAGCAAGGGCAUCAUGAUUCCUUGUCUCACAGACACGAUGCUGCCUCUUAAUGAUGGAGACAUCGUCGUCACAGAAUCUCGUACGAAUUUCAACAAAGGGAAGACAGAAGGAGUCCCGAUGAGAACGCAUAUUCCCAUUUCUGGAAAAUACGCUCAAGGAAAAACAAACAAGAACGAGCCAGUGCUAAAGGCAGGAUAUGCGUUUGGUGACCCGUUAUGCAUGAAAGAAGUGGGAUCGCCAGUGUUCCGCGAGGAUGUAAACCAACGCACGCUUGUUGGACUUGUUCAGGGGGCGCUAACGCCUGAGAAUCAGUGCCCAACGAGAUUGUUUAAUAUUGUCGACCUUCGCGACCACGUGGAUUGGAUAACUUCGACAACGAAAAUGGGUGCCCUGGCGGCGGAACAAGCGGAAAAGCUGGCUCAAAAGACGCACGGUGCCCGUGGAACAAAUGACGAUCGCUUGAUCAAAAUGCCAAGGCAAUCGGGCGAUGAGUCGCGAGAAUGCGGACAGGAAGUCAUCAGCCUCUGGAAUCUCGUGGACGGCGGCAAUUGUACUAAUAGCAUGACGAUUAGCUCACCGGGUUACCCUGGGUGGUAUCCUGCCAACGCCGACUGUCCCGUUCAAAUUCAAGCGCCCGAAGACACCAGGAGCAAUAUUAACCGUGUUUUAACCAUUCAGGUUCGCGUACGAGUUGUAGAAAAGUUCGAUAUCGAAGCGUCACCAAACUGUCAAGCGGACAAGAUUCAUUUGAAGGACGAGACGAUGGACUGGAAUCUCUGCAACGGGCAACUUCCGGACAUGCCAGAGGGAAUUGUUGGAACGUCGUCCAAGAUGGACGUUAGGUUCACUUCCGACGGAACUGUCCAGCGAACCGGCUUUAAACUUCAAGUCGACUGUGUUGAUCUUGAGACUGCUGAUAAGAUCCAAAACUACCGUCGAUUCGAAGAACAAGAAGAAGAAAAGGAAAAUCGAAAACGCCCUGGAAAAAAUCAUGCCCAGGUGAUUUGGGUCACCGGACGAGAUCCCAAAGAGAAAGAACAAAAACGACCAUCAAAUCAAAAAGGAAAAAAUCCGAAGGGCAGACCCCAAAAUCAAAACCGACCAAACAACAACAAAAAUCGCCCAAACGGAAAAACUAACGAUAGGAAGAAGCCUCAAAGGGGCUAA